AUGGGUGCGAGGUCCAAACGUAAAAAGAAACACGGCCCUCCGAACAAAGAAGAGGCUGUUUGUUUCAUAAAGGAGGCAACAGAUAACGAUAAGCCUGCUUCUGAUAAAACAGAUGUUCCAAGUAAUGGGAAGAAGAAUAUUGGAAGGAAACAACGGUUACAAUGGAAUAGCACCGAUAAUUCAGACUUUGAAGACUCGAAACCCCCAUAUAAGAAACAAAGGAUGUUGGACCCUGUUGAUGGUAGUGGGGUUGCCUUAGAAGGGCAACAAAACAACAAUGAUGAUGAUAACAUGGAAGAUGGUGAGGCAGACAGUGACAUAGGUGAUGAUGAUAGAAAGGAAGAUGACGAGGCAGACGGUGAUACAGGUUAUGAUGAUAACACAGAUGAUGAUGAGUAUGACGGUGGCACAGGUGAUACUUUUAACAUGGAAGAUGGCAAGGCAAACUGUGACACAGGUAAUGAUGAUGACGAGGCAGACGGUGACACGGAUGAUGAUGAUGAUAACACAGAAGAUGACGGGGCUGACAGUGGCAGAGAUGAUAAUGUUAACAUGGAAUAUUACAAGGCAGACGGUGACACAGGUGAUGAUAAAGAGACGACGGAAGAUGACGAGGAGGACUAUGACUUUGAAAAUUUUGCAGAUGAUGAAGAUGAUUUUAACCAGAAUAUGGACAAACUUGAAUAAGUGUGUGUCACUUUUAGUUUAUGUACCAGCUUUUUAUGUACCACUCUGGACACCUUAUGUACCACAUGAUGUAUAGUGUGUUAUCAUUUAUGUGGGGCCUCCGUUGCCGAGUGGUUAAGGUCACUGACUUCAAAUUACUUGCCCCUCACCGAUGUCGGUUCGAGCCUCACUCAGGGCAUUGCAUUCUUUAUGUGAGGAAGCCAUCCAGCUGGCUUACAUAAGGUCGGUGGUUCUACCCAUGUACCCGCUCAUGAUGAAAUAAUGUACGGAGGGGCACAUGGGGUCUUCCUCCACCAUCAAAGCUUGAAGUCGCCAUAUGACCUAUAAUUGUGUCGGUGCAACGUUAACACCAACAAAAAAAUAAAUGAAUAUAAAAAUUCAUACGCUUAGCUCAGUAUGGAGAGCGUUUGUCUACAGAUUGCGGGGUUGCGAGUUGGAUCCCCGGGUGGGGCGUAUGUUCUUCAUGAAGAUUUGAUAGACGACAUUGUGUCUGAAAUCAUUUGUCCUCCACGUAUGAUAAUUCAUGUGGGAAAGUUGGCAGUUACUUAUGGAGAACAGGUUUGUACUGGUACAGAAUCCAUGAACACUGGUUAGGUUAAAUGCCCGCCGUUAGAUGACUGAAAUACUGUUGAAAAUGGCGUAAAACCCAAAACAAACAAACAUUAAUUUAUGUAUGAUUUUUAAAAUGUUUGUAUUGUGUGCCAUGUUAUAUCUUUGUAAUAUUGGUUUUCUUUAGGAAAUGUGUAGAUGAUUAUAUUUGAGUGUGCCUGAUCCUUUAUGAUUUGUGUUACAUACAUGUAUGUAUGAUUGUUAAAAUGUUUGUAUUAUGCGCCAUGUUAAAUACUGGUUUUCUUCAGGAAAUGUGAUGAUUUCACUUCAAUGUGCCUGAUUCUUUAUUACUUUAUUUGCUAUAUUAAAUAUAGAUCUAUGUUAGUUUGUUUCGACAAGGACAUUUUAAAUGGAUGAGUGAUUAUACCCCCGCCAAACAUGUUUGAGGGGGGUAUAUAGGAGUCAGUUUUGUCGCGUCCCGUCCCGUCCCGUCCCGUCGCGUCCCGAAAUCUAUUAUCUCAGUUAUUACCAAAUGGAUUUGAUUCAAACUUAAAAUACAUGUUCCACCUUAUCACCCACAUCAUGUGCCCACAUCAUGUGACACAAGGUGCAUAACUCUGACACCAAGUUUUCAUGAAUUAUGUCCCUUUUUACUUGAAUUUAAGGUUGAUUUUGAUGUAUUUUCACAUUAUCUCAGUUACUACUGAAUGGAUUUGAUUCAAACUUAAAAUAGAUGUUCCACCUCAUCACCCACAUUAUGUGCCCACAUCAUGUGACACAAGGUGCAUAACUCUGACACCAAGUUUUCAUGAAUUAUGUCCCCUUUUACUUAGAAUUUAAGGUUAAUUUUGUUGUAUUUUCACUAUAUCUCAGUUAUUACUAAAUGGAUUUGAUUCAAACUUAAAAUAGUUGUUCCACCUCAUCACCGAGAUGAUGUGUCAUAAGGUGCUUAACUCUGACAUAAAUUUUUAUGAAUUAUGUCCCCUUUUACUAUAAAUUUAAGGUUGAUUUUUAUGUAUUUUCACUAUAUCACAAUUAUUACAAAAUGGAUUUGAUUCAAACUUAAAAUAGAUGUUACACCUAAUCACCCACAUCAUGUGACACAAGGUGCAUAACUCUGACACCAAUGUUUCAUGAAUUAUGCCCCUUUUUACUUAGAAUUUAAGGUUAAUUUUGAUGUAUUUUCACUAUAUCUCAAUUACUACUGAAUGGAUUUGAUUCAGACUUAAAAUAGAUGUUCCACCUGAUCACCCACAUCAUGUGACACAAGGUGCAUAACUCUGACACUAUUUUUCUUGAAUAGUGUCCCCUUUUACCUAGAAUUUAAGGUUAAUUUUGAUGUAUUUUCACUAUAUCUCAUUCUGAUUGGCUUAGAGCCAAAGGGAAGUAACCUUUUUUUAACCUUCGUACUGAAUUUCUUCCCCUUAAAUUCCAGGAAUUAGUCUAUUUUUAGAAAUCCUAUUUUAAGAUUUUCAGUAUUUUAGGUAUUUUUCUAACUUUUUUAUUAUAAGUCCUAUGUAAAAAGUAAAAACAUUUUUCCGUGGUAACAUGGGUUGGUAAGACACUUUUUUGUAUUCACUUUUAGUGUAUCUCUCAUAUUAGAGAUUUAAUAUAUUUACUAAUAUUACUAUACUAGUAUUAUACUAGUAUUACUUUUAUGUGGAAGCCCAGGAUGAAGUACUCCAAAGUAUUUUAAGAUUCCUUAUGGUUGCCAUUGUUCUGUGACAAGACCGUAUGGUGGGGGUAUGAGUCACUCCUGUGACAGUUCUAGUUUUGAUUUAGAAUUUUAUGAACAAUACUUGUUUCCAUUGUUUCGAUCUAGUAGACUUUUUUACGUGGUUUUUUUAUAUAAUAUAUAUAAAUUAUUUUGUUAUGUCUCCCAUCCUCUUGGGGAGACAUACUGUUUUUACCCUGUCCGUCGUCCUUCUGUGCAUCCGUCCAUCACACUAUAUCCGAUCAAUAACUGGAGAACCAUUUAACCCAGAACCUGCUUCAUAAGACAGAGCUUAUGGAGUAGACGACCCCUUUGUUUUUUGGGUCACUCCAUCGAAGGUCAAUAAAGGGGCCUGAACAUGGAAAACUAUUUCCGAUCAAUAACUUGAGAACUACUUGGCCCAGAAUGUUAAAACUUCAUAGGAUGAUUGGACAUGCAGUGUAGGUGACCCCCAUUGAUUUUGGGGUCACUCUGUUAAAGGUCAAAGUCAUAGGGGCCUGAACAUCAAUAACUUGAGAACCACUUGACCUAGAAUGUUGAAACUUGGACAUGCAGAGUAGAUGACCCCUGUUCAUUUUUUGGUCACUAUUAAAGGUCAAGGGACCAGAACAUGCUCGUGCAGAAAUUCCCAGGAAUUUCCUGAGAUAAUCCUGGGAAAUAUUCCAGGCGUGGUAUUGGAACAGGAAUAUUUCAAGAUGACCUAGGAAUAUAAAAUCCUGGAAUCUACAUGGUAACCAGGAAAAUCCUGGAAUCUACCUGGUAACCAGGAAAGUCCUGGAAUUUACCUGGUAGCCAGGAAAAUCCUAGAAUCUACCUGGUAACCAGGAAAGUCUUAGAAUGCCAGGAUCCCAGGAAAAUCUUAAGAAAAGCAGGAUCUCAGGAAAACCUAAGAAAACCAGUAUCCCAGGAAAUUUAUUGAUAAAAAAUGAAAAUUACUUAUAAUAAAUUAUUGAUAGUUUACACGACAAAAAAUCAUUGGAGUUUCUUUCUGUUGGUUUUAGGCAGCUUCAGAAAGCACUGGCGGUAUGUUCAGGAACUUCAUUCCAACAGUUUCUGAAAAUGACAACAUAAAUACAUGUAAAUAACAAUAAUAAAUCACGUAUUAUUAAUAUAAAAAAUAAUUAAAACAAUAUAAGAUUAUCAAUAUUAACUGUUAUCCCAGAAAUCAUUUCAGUUUGUAUUUAACUGUUCCAUAACCUUCUGUCAACUAUAUCUUUUGCCAGAUUACCUACUAAAAUUGGAAAACCACCAAAAUUGAUUGGCACCAACGUUGUAAAAAUACAAGGGUCAUUGUUGUUGCUUUCAAGAUCUUGACCGUCUUUUAGGCAGCAUGCAAUACCAUUGUCCCAAAGAAAUUCUCGAUAAUGCAAGAUAGCAGACAGUAUUGUACCAUAUAUCUUGGAUAGCAUAUUCCAAUAGCUAUCACAUGGAAAUGCAAAAAGGGAAAUAAUUAAAAAUCAAAAGUACACAGUGAUUAUCCACCUUUAACACUAAUUGCAGUGUUUGCUAAAAUACUUACCAUAUUGAAAGGUACAUUACAGUGAAACAUACUUACCAUAUUGAAAGGUACAUUACAGUGAAACACCGUUCGCUCGAGCAUUGAUGACUCGAGCACCCGGGCUCGCUCGAGCAAUCCAUGUAGUCACGGCCGAUUUCCUUCUAUUUUCUAUGCGAAAUUACCAUGGCUGGGUCGAGCAUCGAUACUUCGAUCUCUUGAGCAUGACACCUGGUCCCUGUGUAUCAAUUUAUUCUUUGUUUCUUCUGGCAAACUCGAGCAGAAGUGUCAAAAUUUUUCACACCUUCGGCGGUCAGAAUGUAUCGGUUAAUCAAAAAUGUUCACACACCGUGAGAAUUGCGUAGUCUAUUCCAAAACUAUCUUAAAUGUUUGUUUGUCGGUAUAUUUGAUCUUGUAAUGAGAUUAAUUAUUGAUAAACGGUUAAAGAAAAGUUUUAUUGAUCAAAUAUCGAUCAAUUACUGAUUACUUAAAACAUCUUUUCUGCGGGAUCGAGAAGAUAGUUAUGAGAUCUUAGUAUUUUAAUCAACAGUUGUUUGCUUGCAAAUGAAGGAAGUAAUAUAACCUUUUCAUUAAAUUGAGACGAUAAUUAUGAUAUGCACUUGUUGAUGAAUAUAAAUAAAAAAAGUCUUAGUUGUUUCUUCACAAGUGCCAUUUACAAAUUACUUAUUGAAACGUCUGUCAUAGAUAUAAUACGUUUUUCCUUUUAAAAUGUCACAAGUAUGUUAUUAUUACCCAUCACCGUUUACUCUGCAAACGGUCCCGAUGAAAAUCGAUAAAAGUAACUUCAAUUUUCUUCAUAUGUUGGUCAAUGUUUGGGUCGCUCGAAACCAUGGAUAACUCGAGCAUUUUGCUCAUCCCCUUGCAACCUCGAGCGACUGGUGUUUUUCUGUAUGUUAUCUGUUUGAUGGUGCCUCUCUGUGAUCCCAAUCUGUUCUGCAGUUUGGUCACUGACCAUGACUCAUGCAUGUGUGUUUCUAUAAUGAAAUACUUCUGAUAAACACAUUUUUUUUUCUGAAAAUAUUUCUGUGACGUAAGUGUUUGGACAGUCUUGUACACCCAUAGAUAUAUAUCAAUCACAAUUUUACCUUAAAAUUUUACAAGAAAAAAAACAAACAUUAAAUUUCUAAAAGGUACAAAUAAAUUGUAGCUUAAAGGCAUAAUAGUUCAUCAUUAAUCUGUAUAAUCAGGUGAAUGUCUCUGUGAUUGAUAAAGUUUCUGUUUCCAUCUAUUAUCUAAUCUUGUUGUGUUAUGAACUGAAUUACUUUUCGAAAUAAUUUAGUAUAACAGACUUACCUAAUGUCUGUCUAAGAGCCAUCUUAAAAUUUCUAGCUACACAGUUUAUCUCCGUUUUGUUUUCCUCCAAGAAAAACUUCCUGUUUACAGUUCAUUCAAAUUUUCAUAUUCAAGGGCAAUUUUCUUUUGUAUACUAUUAAGUACUGAAUUGAGUAUCUAGAGCGCUACUAAAAUAUGUAUGUACAAUUCAAGGGGGGGGGGGAUUCUUUCAUGUAUAUACUUAUUUAAUAUGCAAAGAUGUUAGUAAUAGUAAAAGAAACAGAAAAAAAUGAGACUACUUUUUGAGCUUCAGCAGCCAAACAUUACAUCUUCAUUUCCAUUGGUUCUUAUCUUGAUGAGGUUUCUAAAUAUAAAGAUACCAUCUGGUAUCAGUUAUCUCUAUCUAUUGAUACAUCAACUGAACAGCAGAAUAUUUUAUUGACCCUUAGAUAUCUAAUGACUGUCAAUCAGUAAAGGUAUAGAUUAAUCAAGUUAUGAUCAUUAUGAUGCAACAGACUAGCAAAAUAGUACAAUUCUCUGGCUUUAUGACAUUUAACCCUGUACUUAAGUAAUAUUGGUGAUAUAUUGUUUGAGAUGUUCAGUAAUAAAGAAAAGAAGUUAGCAAUUGUAUUUAAAUGAUUACUCUAUCUAAUUAAUUUAGAAACAUGUGCUUUUUGCAAACUAUAAGAAGUGAUUUUUUUUUUCAUUUAGAUUUCUUGUUUCAUUUCAAUUUAUUUGAAUAUCUGUACCUGUAAAAAAAAAGAGGAAAAUGAUGAAUUAAUGAAUUUAAGAAACUUUUCCCAUUGUUCAGAUUUCUAUUCCUGGCUACCAGGACUUUUCUGGGAAUUGUAUAAAGGCUACUUUUUCCAGGUACCAGGAUACCAGGAAUUUGAUAUUUGUGUGUAGCUUACAAAUCUGAAAAAAAAGAAUUCCUAGCUCCUCUUGGUUUUCCUGGUAUUUUAUAUGUUAAAUUCCUAGGUUUCCCUGUUAUUGUAACAUUAAAUUCCUGGUAUUUUCUUGGUUUUGUCCUGGUCCUAGGUCCUAAAAAUCCCAGGAUCCUAGCUUUUCUUGAAUAACAGGAUUUUCAUACCAGGAUAGAAAGAUUUCCCAGGACAUUCUUCUACCUGGGAAUAAUUUCUGCAUGGGACAUGUAAAUCCAUUUCCUGUCAGUAACUGGAGAACUGUUUGACCUAGAACCUUCAAAUGUCAUAGGGUGAUAGGGCUUACAGAGUAGAUAUCUACUAUUUGUGGGGUUACUAGAUCAAAGGUCAAGGUCACAGGGACCAGAACAUGGAAAACUGUUCCAAUCAACUUGAGAACCAUUUUAACCAGAACCUUCAAACUUCAUAGGAUGAUAGGACUUACAGAGUAGAUUAUUUAUAUCAUUAUAGGGGUCACUUGAGCUAAGGUCAAGGUCACAGGGGCCUGAACAUGGAAAACCAUUUAUGAUCAAUUACUUGAGAACCACUUGACCCAGAAUGUUGAAACUUCAUCGGAUCAUUGGACAUGCAGAGUAGAAGACCCCUAUUGAUUUUGGAGUCACUUUAUCAAAAGUCAAGGAAAACCGUCCAAUUUAUAACGUGAAAACCACUAGGCUCAGACACAUGUUUAGCGGAAUGUUUGGACAUGCCAGGUAUAUGAUCCCUGUUGCAGCCAACCAUCAGUGUUUCUGACUUUGGUUCCUGUCCUCUAUUGAUUUCUUGCUUAUUACGACUAUGCAUUUAUCUAAGGGGGAGACAAGCACUUUUCUACAAAAGCAUCUGCUAGUUAUUGUUUGUUAAUGUGUGUAUUAGGUAAGAAAGUAAUUUUUUAGAAAUAAUAAAUACUAGAUAAAAUUGCAUCAGAAUAUGUUGCUUUUAGCUCAUCCCAGCAAUGCUGAGGUGAGUUAUUGUGAUUGUCCCAUGUCCAUCGUCUGUCAGUCAAUAUUUAGCUUGUGUAUGCGAUAGAGGCUGUACUUUUCAAUUGAUCUAUAUGAAAUUUGGUGAGAAUGAUUACCUUGAUGAAAUCUAGGUCAAGUUCAAAAAUGGGUCAUCUUGGGUCAAAAACUAGGUCAUAGGUCAAAUCAAAUAAAAACCUUAUGUAUGCAAUAGGGACUGCAUUUUAAACCGGAUCUUCAUGAAAUUUGAUCAGAAUGUUUGGGGCUGCAUUUUACACUGGAUAUUCAUAAAGUUUAGUGAGAAUGGUUGCCUUUAUGAAAUCCAGGUCAAGUUCGUAUUUGGGUAAUCAGUCAAAAAAAAAACAACAGUACGUUAGAAACCAUGUUGGAUCAGAGUUGACCUUUACCCUGCUAAAUUUCUAAAAUGGACUGGUCUGUCAUUCAGUUUGGGCAGUACCAUUUAUUAUUCGAAGGGGUGUUCACUGAAAGUUUACUGACUUGAAUAGCGAACAGUGCAGACCAUGAUCGACCUGCACGGACGUGCAGGCUGAUCUUGGUCUGGACUGGUUGCAAACUCUUGCCGCCAGCAGGCUAAUAAUAAACAAAAAUGAUCUUUGGCAUUUAUGUGUUUACAAACUGUACUCUGUUUUCAACUUUAAAACCUACUGUUUUGAUUCCAUACCUCAUGUUUUUAUUUCGAUGUAAAUGAGAUGUGGAACCAAAAUUUGUAGUCCUGUUUGGCGCCAUAUAACCUACACUGUGUUGGUGCGCCGUAAAACCCAAAUAAAUAAAUAAAUUAAAACCUACUGACCUAUUUCUUGUUUUUUAAGAUACAGUCUUGAAAUUUGGAUAACAUUUACAGUUUUGCACACCAAUCUUAAAACGGACUUUCAUUGACCAUAAAUACAACCUAUAUAUGGCUUGUCUGUUUCAUGUCUGGUCCAAAACUCUGUCAUCCUUAAAGGGAUUACAAUAUUAUUUGGCUUAAAUGUUCCCAAUAAUCAAAUUACGUGUCAUGUGCAACAACCAGAACCCUAGCUGAAAGGUCAAGGUCACACUUGGAGGUCAAAUGUCAGUAGGGUUUCUUUCCUGUCUGGUCCAUAACUUUGUCAUGCAAAACAGGAUUUGAAUAUCAGUUUGGCACAAAUGUAUCCCAUAAUAAGACAAUGUGUCAUGCGUAACGUCCAAACCCCUAGCUGAAGGCCAAGAUCACACUUGGAGGUCAAAAGUCAAGGGUCAUUCUCCAGCAUAGUCAAUGAUUCUGUCUUCAUGAAGGGAUUUUAAUAUUACAUGACAAAAUUUUGUCCAACAUGUCUUACGCAACACCCAUAUCCCUGACUCAAACGUCAAUUUUACAGUCAGAGGUCGAAGGUCAGUAGUUGUUUUUCCUUUUUGGCCCAUAACUCUGUCAUCUAUAAGGAGAUUUAUUACUUGACACAAAUGUUCCUCAUAAUGAGACAAUUAACAUAAAGUUACAUGUUGCCGUAAAAUGCAUGUCAUAGUUACGGGAGUUGAUACUGUGGGGUUGAUAUUUUGACGUACAAGAAGGAAAAAAUAAGUAUCGAAGCUAUAUGCCUUUAGAUAAUUGCUAUAUGUACUUGCAUAAGGCAUAUUACAACUUAUAUUACAUUUUAUUUUGAGA